UGAUCCUGCUGUUCCAGUACAUCUUUUAGCUCAUCCAGCCAAUUAUCGUUCUCUUUCUAUAACAAAUACAAAGACCUCAACGGUCCUCCUUUAUGCAUAGAAGCACCUUGAAGGUGCUAUAUAAAGAUAGAGAGAAACACACAAGACAGACACGAGGCACUCGUCUACAACAUGUUCAGGAUCAUCGGCUGUUUUGCUUUGGUGUCUUUCACACAGGGAUGUGGAGUGCCUGAAUUUCGGCCAAUGUAUAGGGUUCCUAGAAAAGUUAUAGGAGGAGAUGAAGUAGUUCCUGGUUCUUGGCCUUGGCAGGUCUCUCUCCAGACAUCGAAAGCCGUCCACUUCUGUGGGGGAUCCCUGAUCAACCAGUAUUGGGUUCUUACCGCUGCCCAUUGCAAUGUUCGGGCGAGAUAUGAAUUUGCCGUCCUUGGAGAGCAUGACCGUGGCUCUGAUGUUGAACCGGUUCAGGUCAAGAGAGUUGUCCAGGUCGUCACCCAUCCUCGCUACGACAGAAGCACUUUCAACAGUGACAUCGCACUGCUGAGAUUGUCCUCUGCAGUUCAGUUGACGGACUAUAUCACUCCUGUAUGUCUGGUUUCGUCCUCCGUCAGCGUUCCUUCUCAGACCUAUUGUGUCACAACUGGCUGGGGCAGAACUGAAUACAAUCCAAGUCCUCCAAUCCUACAGCAGACCACCUUGCCCAUAGUGAGUACAACUCAGUGCAAGCAGCACUUUGGACAGAGCAAAAUUACAUAUUCCAUGAUUUGUGCGGGAGGCUCUGGAUCAUCAUCUUGCAAGGGUGAUUCUGGUGGUCCUCUGGUAUGUGAGAGUUCAGGUGUUUGGUAUCAGGUUGGCAUUGUGUCCUGGGGUGGUGAAGACUGUAAUGUUGGUUCUCCAGCGGUCUACACCCGCGUCUCUUACCUCCGGCAAUGGAUCGACUCGGUCGUCACGUCUAAUUAGAGCCCCAUCCUGAUUUAUUUCCCUGCAGUGGAAACGAGAAAUGUGUCAUCACUAUUGUCCGAAGUGGCUGGUUCUUCUGUUUGUGACCAACAUUAGUUUAUUCAGCCUGUUUUGAAUUAUAUAUGUGUGCCUAGUGGAUAAAGUAAAACCUGUCACGUGUCUUGGCAUGUAUUGUAUGUUUUUCUACUUGUUCUUAAAGAAGUUUUAUUGUAUUAAAAUGUGUCAAAGUUGA